UGCUAUGGCAAGCACAAGCUUUGUCCGCGGCAAGGCAACUCUUCCAGAUCUGCCAUAUGAUUACGGUGCGCUUGAGCCAUCUAUUUCUGGCAAGAUUAUGGAACUUCACCACAAGAACCACCACCAAACAUAUGUCAACAGCUUCAAUGCUGCUAGCGAGCAACUCGAAGCUGCUGAAUCGAAGGAAGAUAUUGCCGCUCAGAUUGCUCUUCAGCCAUUGAUCAACUUCCAUGGUGGUGGACAUAUCAAUCAUACUCUGUUUUGGGAAAAUCUUGCUCCAAGCAAGAAUGGAGGAGGUGGUGAGCCAGCAGGUUCAUUGAAGACUGCCAUCGAAUCGAGCUACGGCGACUUCUCUCAAUUCAAGACCAAAUUCAACACUGCUCUUGCUGGCAUUCAAGGAAGUGGAUGGGCAUGGCUCGUGAAGGACAACGAGACUGGACAAGUUCAGAUCCGCACAUAUGCCAAUCAAGACCCUGUUGUCGGAAAGUACACACCUCUGCUUGGUGUUGAUGCUUGGGAGCAUGCGUAUUACCUUCAAUACCAAAACCGCAAGGCAGAGUACUUCAGUGCUAUCUGGGAUGUUAUCAACUGGAAGGCGGUUGAGGGUAGAUUGAAGUAGGCAGUCAUGCUGGGAUGUAAGAUAUCGAGGAAGCGAAUUACGAAUUGCAUGGAAUGGGAGCAUGAAGGGAUCAGUACAGCUUCCUAAAUGAACAUAUCCCAACAUCAACCUCUAAUACGGAUCAGCCAUGUUAAAGACCCUUCUCCUUAUUCCAGCUAUUUGUUCGGCUAAGUGGCCCUACUGUAUUUGCUGAUGCCCUAAUUGACAUCAAAUUUCGCGAAGGAAGUCUUCACCCUAUCAUGUAGCUAAUACCAAAUAAUGCUGUCUGGUGUAUUCAUUGCUAA